AUGGGAAUAUUCUUUAAAGGUUGGUUUCCGGUCUUUAAGUACGCUCACGGAAUGGAUAUAUCUCCCGCUACCGGACUGUAUGAUCUCUGGACAAAUGCUUAUGUUCUAAAUGAAUAUAAUGAUACUAAUGACGCGUUUUCCUUCGCCGCCAAUACCAUGACCUACAAGUCCAGCUUAGUAGAUAAUUGGUCAAGUCAUUAUUUCCGCGGGGUCCGUGCUUCAGUAUUUAAGAACGGAGUAGAAGUCCACUAUGUUGUAUUUGAUGCGAAUGGUGCAAACCAGUCCUCUUGGUUUUCUUGUGACAGGAUCCUGUACACAUCAUGGACUGACUUAAAUCGUUAUGCAUCAAAGGAAUACUGCAGUAUAUUGGGGCAAUCUGCAAAUGAAAGGCAUUUUUUCCUUGAGAGUUCGCUUGGAUCUUCCUGUGACGUAAGCAGGGGUUGGUUUGGAGCCAUAGAAGCGUCGUCCGGAAGUUGUUCAUGGGAAACAAAGGCGACACGACCUUAUGUAAUGUACAGUUCUGGAAAUACGAUGGGCAAUAAUGAUGAUAUGACUGUAGCUCAAGUGUUUGGGAUAUCCGUUUCCAUGGACAAAAUCUGUGAUAUCGUCACCUGCGAAAACGGUGCCACCUGUCUGGAUUGGGGAUCAACGUACAGAUGUCUUUGCGAGCCGGAAUAUUAUGGUUGGCUCUGCCAGAAUCUUGAUGGAAACUACACAUCUUGGAGUGAUUGGUCUGACUGCAGCACCACGUGCUACGCACAAGGUGUUCAUUACCGGAACCGCACGUGCACUAACCCAACUCCUCUUGGGAUCGGUCAGGAUUGCACCAGAUACGGAGAACCAGACCAGACCCAACCCUGCAUCCCAACUCAUCUCGAUAUCUGUUCCGAAUACAACACUGGGGAUAUGUCUGAGGAUUCAUCCUAUUUAAUGAUGUGUCCGAGCGAUUUCUACAUACAUGUUUAUGAAGCAUUCUACGGAAGUGGGGUUCUAUGCUUUGAUGCGAAUGCCCUGACGGACGUAAGGACGGCCUGUCAUAUGCAGACUGACCAAUGCAAUGUCACGUUUUCCGAUACGUUCUUUGCUGGAGAUCCUUGUACAUCUUAUCCUUCAGCAGUUGUGAAGGGAAAUGCAAAGUUCUACUGUGCCAAAAGAAGAGAACGUGACAGUCCGAGGGGACCCUGGAGACUUGUGUUUAAAGCGCCUAGUGGCACUGCACCUCCUGCUGGAUAUAAUGAUAUCAUGGAAUUAUAUGACGCAUCGGGAGCUUACAAUGAGUUUGAUACUGCUGCAAUGACCGAUUUCAGCGCUGGUGGCGCCAUCUAUAAAUCUACAAUGUUAGAUAACUGGAACGUUAAUUCAUCAUACACUGCAGUAAAACUGGCCGCAUACAACAAUAGUAAAGUAGCUCAUUACGCCAUCUUUGAUGCUCUUGGGAAAGGAAAAUCGGACUGGUUUGAUUGUAACAAUAUAAUAGAGUCUUCAUGGAAUGAUUUACCUGAUGGCAACAGGACCUGUACUAAAAGUUCUGGCGACACAUGGAAAAGGCAAUUCCACAUCCAGAGUGACUAUCCUUCCUGUACUAAUGAGACAGGCUGGUUCGUCUUUAAAGACUAUGGAGCAAGCGACGGAUGUACAGAAUGGGAUGACACAUCGUCCCUUCCACAGAUUUUCUAUUCCGCAUCCACUGAACGUGUCAGGUGGUCAUCUGGAAAUAUGGCAGCAGCUGAUGCUAUGGCAAUUUUUGUAAUGGACUGGCACAUGGUGUUCAAAGGUGUGGAGGGCAUCACUCCAUCCGCUGGAGAUCUAGCCACGUUAUGGACUGGCACCGAUACGGAAAACGACAACGACAUAACUGCUACUACUGUUACAAAAUCUCCGAAUCUAGCGUAUAAAUCAAGUCUAGUGGAGAACUGGGCCGACCCAUUUACAUUUAUCGAUAUGGCAAAGUAUGCGUUCUUUACCAACGGUAUUCUAAAGGCAUAUGUGGCAUUCAACGGUAUUGGUACUACAAAGACAACCUGGUUCACCUCGUCAAAGGUUUUAUAUUCCAGUUACACUGACAUCAAGACAGCGAGCAUGGGUCAUUGUAGCAUCAGUAGUGACUCACGAAGAAAGUUUCUCAUAGCCCACGACAUAUCUACCCAUUGUGCCUCCUAUCAAAUGUGGAUGGCAACACUUGAUGUAGGAGGCCCUGUUUAUUGUAACUUUGACAAUGCUGGAGUACUCGGUGCUUCUAGACCGAAUUUCCUGUACAGUUCGUCUGAUCAGUACGCAUAUCCACUCAGUGGAUCGAGUUGGGAUAGUGUUAGUGUACCAAAAGCAGAUGUAAUGGGAAUAUUCAUUAUAGGUUGGUAUCCCCUCCUAAAGGUCGCCAGAGGUGAGGAUUUAUCGCCAGCUAGUGGAAUUUACGAUCUUUGGACAGGAACCUAUACAUUAAACGAGUACAACGACACAGAUACCGCGUUCUCCUUCGCAUCUUCUACCAUGUCAUACAAAUCAAGUGUGGUGGAUAAUUGGUCAAGUUAUUACAUCAAGGCGAUACGUGUAUCGUUUAUUGUUGGAGGCGUCGAGGUAGCCUUCGUGGUCUUCGACGCUAACGGCGCUGACAAAAAUAGCUGGUUCGACAUAGACAGAAUUCUUUACUCUUCUUGGGGCGAUGUCAAUAGCUUAGCCCCCCGAGAUUACUGCAGCGUGGACGGAGACAGUUCCAAAAACAGACGGAUGUUCAUGGCUUCCUCUUAUGGCGAUACUUGUGCCACAAACACAGGAUGGUUCGGUGUGGUCGAAGACACCACCACGACAUGCUCAUGGGAAGGACAAACUACCCGACCGUUCGCUAUAUUCAGUGACACGACUACGAUGGAAGAUUUUGAUGAUAUGGCCAUAGCGGACGUCUUUGCAAUCUCUAUGUCAAAGGACACGAUAUGUGAAAUCGUUGAAUGUGAAAACGGUGGCACUUGUUAUGAUUGGGGAUCUCGGUACCGCUGUUUCUGUGAUGGUUACUUUUAUGGCUGGCUGUGUCAGAACUUGGAUGGUAAUUGGACAACAUGGAGCGACUGGAGUGCCUGUAGUACGUCAUGUUACGCCAUAGGUACACAGUACCGUUACCGUAACUGUACAGAACCAGCACCAGUAGGGCAUGGGCUUGACUGCGGAUAUCCCGACCUCGAGGUGCAGACCUGUGUUCCGGAUCAUGACGUCUGUCCUGAAUACAACACAGGCAAUCUGAACGAGACUCAGAACUACACCAUGAUAUGCCCUGUUGGCUUCUACAUAUACGUCGAUAAUGCGUAUUACGGCGAUGGAACCAAUUGUUACACAACUGAUGCCAUAAACAGGCUGAGAGGGUACUGUCAUGGACAGACAGAUAGUUGUCAGUUCUUCUUCACGGACUCUUACUUCGGUGGUAAUCCAUGUGGAUCAUAUCCAGGUGUACUUAAAUAUGGAUACGCCAAACUCAACUGUAUCAAGCGAGAUAUUCUGGAUACAUACAAAGGACCAUGGCGACUCGUAUUUAAGGCACCGAAUGGAAAACGAGAAAGUGGGUACGCGGAUGUGAAAGCCUAUUAUGACGCAACAGCUAGUUCCACAGAGUCGGAUGCAGAUGUGACUGAUAAAAGUGACUUCAGCUCAUCCGCUAGUGUUUAUAAAUCGGAACUGCUGGAUAACUGGGGCUCAACAGUGACAGCACAAGCGGCUCGAGUCUCGGUCUGGUACAAUGGCGUGGAAGUUCACUAUGUCGUAUUUGAUACGUUUGGGAAAACAAAAGCCGAUUUUUUUGACUGUAGCCGUAUCCUGUACUCCAGUUGGCAUGACCUUGAUUCAACACAGAAUGUUACCUGCCAAUUAAGAGAAGACGAAAAUGGUAAGAGAACAUUUUACCUGUAUCGGGGAGGCUACACAAGCUGUACAGACGAAAGUGGCUGGCUGAUGUAUAAAGACCGAGGUGCCAAUACUGGAUGUUCUGAAUGGGAUCCUGCAACAAGUCUUCCGGCCAUCAAAUAUUCCACAGCAACAGAACACGUGACUUGGGCCACAGGGCCAACUGGGGACGCUGACGCUCUGGCCAUUUAUAUCAUGGACUGGUUUAUGGCGUUUAAGGGUGUCCAAGGAGUACAGGCUUCUACCGGAAGUCUGAAGUCCCUUUGGGAGUCAGAGGAAACGGAAAAUUACCUGGAUACAUCAGCUAAAACUGUAUCAACAGCACCGGGCCUUACUUUCAAAUCGUCAAGCCUGGAAGUAUGGCAGGACUCCUUCACGUUUACCGAACUGGUGAAAUUUGGCUUUUACUCUGGUGGAGCUGAGGUUGCAUUUGCCAUAUUUGAUGGUCGUGGUUCUACAAAGACAUCAUGGUUCGACUCGUCUAAACUUCUCUUCUCCAGCUAUGACGACAUGAUCUCGCAGGCGAAGUCUCACUGCAGUAUCGCAGGGGAUAAUAUUCGAAACUUUGCGAUUUUGAAACAAGGUGGAACCAGCUGUGCUAGCGUACAAGGCUGGAUGAUGUUGUCUGAAAACUCAUCUGAACCCUGUGUGUUUGAUCGUGCUUCAAAUGUGGAAACAGCUCCGUUUUUCUUGUACAGUAGCGCUAGCACUUACAAUACACCGCAGAGUGGUUUCUCUUACUACGCGGCGGGAAUGCCAGCUGCUGAUACAAUGGGCGUGUUCGUGAAAGGUUGGUUCCCAGCAUUCCACAUUGCUCAUGGCGGUUCUUUGUACAGUGCCAGCAGUGUAUAUGAUCUCUAUACAGGAACGCACGUCGUCAAUGAAUACAAUGAGACAGCUUUUUCAUUGGACGACAAUGCUAUGACGUUCAAAUCUAGUUUGAUUAACUCCUGGACGUCUUAUUACAUACAAGCGGUGCGAGUUUCAUUUUUCAAAAACGGCGCAGAGGUGAGGUAUGUUGUUUUUGACGGUCACAGCACCACAAAGUCAUCAUGGUUUGAUUGUGAUCGAAUUCUCUAUUCUUCCUACGACGAUCUGACUCGAGAAACACCGACUGAUUACUGCAGUAUCGCAGGGGACACAAACAGACGAUUUUUCCUGGAGGCUUCAUAUGGUCAGGACUGUACAGCUGACAGUGGUUGGUUUGGAGUAGUCGAAGGAGCAGGAUCCUGUGCAUGGGAAUCGCUGGCAACAACGCCGUACUUCAUGUACAGCGAUGCUUCUACAGUAGAGGAAAACGCAGUUAUGGCCGUUGCCGAUUCCUUCGUCAUAUCGGUCGCAAUGGACAAUAUAUGCAGCACUGUUGAUUGUUUGUACGGUGCGACCUGUGAUGAUCAAGGCGGACGUUACGACUGCAUCUGUGACGGGGAUUAUUAUGGAUGGUUAUGUCAGCACUUGGAUGGUAACUGGACAGCUUGGUCAGACUGGGACACGUGCAGCACUACUUGCUAUGCAGAGGGAGGCCAGAACCGUUAUCGGAACUGUACCAAUCCCGCACCUGUUGGGGAUGGUCUCUACUGCCCCGGAGUUGAUAUAGAAUUCCAGUACUGCAUACCCGACCUACCGAUCUGUAUAUCAUAUGACACAGGGAAUAUACAGGAGAAUGGAUGGUACCACAUGGUGUGCCCUUCCAGUUAUUAUAUAUAUGUGUGGGACAAUUUCUACGGCUUUGAUGAGGGUGGGUCUGAUGAGUGUAAGGAUACUGAUGCUCUGGAUAUCCUGUUUGAUCAAUGUCACAACGUCACAAACGGAAGCUGUAGGUUCUACUAUGAUGACGUAACGUACAGUGAUCCCUGCAACAAAACCUGGACCCAGAUCACCAACUAUGGACAUGGCACAUUGUACUGUGCACGAGACGGUGUGUGGAACGCAUGGCAACCCUGGUCGUUCUGUUCCGUCACAUGUGGAGGCGGAACACGAUACAGAGAACGUGUAUGUGACAAUCCAACAAUGGUCUAUCCUGGCAAUGACUGUCCGGAUGUGUAUAACGACAGUAAAUCCUGUAAACCGCAGUCUUGUCCUGUUUGUGGGGACCAUUAUGCUGGAUACGAUGAGCCAGACAAUAUAACGGUUUUCAAUGACACACGGUCAGGAAUGGGCUAUCUUUUACUUGAUGUAAACUGGGACUUUCCCUGCUGUGAAGUGGUCCAAGCCUUCGAGUUUGUACCGAGAGUAGCUGGAGAAAUUUACUUCCAUAUAUGGCGCCAAUUCAGCAGCACACAAUAUGAACUGUUACAUAUGACCAAUUAUACAGUAAACGAAACUGAAAUAGGUUCGCUCAUAAAUCACUCAUUACCGCUGAAGAAGAGAUUAUCUGUAAGAAAAGGAGACCAGCUAGGCUGGUAUACUCCCGGUGAAAACAUUAUCAAGUACGCAGAGUGCUGCUGCGAGGGCUGUCCCAACCAGACCUGGGUAGCGCCACUUCCAGCGAACCUGGAUGUAGGGGACAAGUACCGAUGGACAACGUUAGGGACCAAGCUAUCAGAUAUAGCAUACGCCAUACGGUUCUUCACAGCACCCAAUACAGUUCCUUAUGUGAACCAGACCUAUUACGAUGCCUUGGUGCCUGAUAACACUCCUUUAGGUGGGAGUUGUAUUAAUUAUCACAUAACAGACGACGAUAUCGGAGAUUUCGACCUUCUCAUACACACCUUCGUUGAUACAACAGGAUUGUUCGAACUGAAUACCACUUUUCCUGGAAACAUCCAUAUCCAGACCACCAAUAUCUUGCCCAGUACGUACUCUGUAUUUGAACUGGUACUGAACUCGCACGACGACUGCCAGAACACCGCCACGACCACUCUCACCAUAAUGACAUACAAUGCGCCCCCAAUUUUCAUCAAUCUGCCUGACAGUGUAGAAGUGAGCGAGGACUUGGCCGAGGAAAGGUUGAUAUUUGAGAUUGACGCUGUCGAUCAGUCAGAGAAUGACUCUGUAUGCUGUACCCUCACAGAGGUCAUUCCGGGGUCACUCAACUUCCAACUAAAGUUCAUUAACAAUACCUAUAGAUUAUAUACAGUUGAGAAUCCGGUGUUUAGCUACAAAGAUAUCAGUGACUACUACAAGGUGUAUUUCUGUUGUUCGGAUGACCACGGAAUCUCCACACAGUUUCUGGAAAUCUUUAUGUUGGACGUGAAAGAUGUCGAAACCUAUGUACCGCCAACUUGGUUCCUGACGGCAAUCAGUUGCAGUAUGGUACCUGUCUGUGUGACGUUUAUCUUUGCAUGUAUGGUGCUGUGUAACACCGUAUUCUGUGAUGCAGAGAUUGAAUAUUAUUAUGAAUAA